AUGGAGGGCGGGGGGCGACAGACACGGCUUCUCAGCAGGUUGUUCAGCAGACUCCGAGGCGAUCAUCAUAAAUACAACACUUUAGAUAAACGGUUCUCGUUUAGCUCUACCGCCAUGAGCGAGAGUACAGGCUGCAGCACCACCAUGGAUGAGGACCUGGAGAUGGAUCCCCAGGUCUGCCCCAAGACUUCCAUGCACAACUGCUGUGGACUUGACGAUGACAACUUUCCUGCUAACAUCGAUUUGAGAUACAGUGGACAAUAUUUGACACCCGAGCAACUGCCGGAGUUUUGUGACCAACUCCACAAUCUGGUGGAAGUGAUAAGAAAUAUACAAUCGUAUGCCAAAAUCACAGGAGAGUACCCAAGUGAACUAGAACGUCGGUUAGAACAAGAAGCACGAGAAGUAGCCGCAAUAGCUGCGGAGGCGCGCAACGCUCGUGACGUAGUGACGCGUGUGCGUGCGCAACGACGCGCUGUGCGGGCGCACAAGAAGCAUCUCGUAUCGCAACUGGCAAGUUUGAGGGAAACUGAGGUUAGGGAGUUAGAGAGCACGGUGCGUCUGUCAGAUAGAAAGCUUUUCAAGAACUGGGAAGCGCUGAAAGACUCCACCGACCCAGCAGCAUUUGAGCCUUUGCUUGAUGAAAUCAAGAACAAGCAAACAGCUCUGGAGUGCCUGCUCCGCCUGGUGGACAGCAGGAAGGCCGCACUGUCGCGCACUGCACCACCUCCCACACCACUCCCACCUCCCGAGUCAUCACUCGACACCGAUGAGUCGGGUGUGACUGGUGGUUCGUGCGGUCCUGCCGGCCGCAAGCGCCACGAGGGCCGGCGCUCGGCGGGCAAGCGACGGCGUCGCUCGCCGCGUUCCGUGCCGCUCUCCGGGGAGCCCAGUCGACACGCGCCACCGCCGCAGGUCACCCUGUACAUCCAGGGUACAGAGAGCACGUCCCGGUACAGGGUAGGCAGUGCUGGAGCAGUCGCCCUCACACCGCUGGAGCUGCCUUCUGGUGGAAGCGUCAGGGAUAUUCUCUUCUUUACCACUAAUUAA